GCACAAAUUUAGGGGGUGUGUGUGUGUACAUUAUAUGUGUGCAUAUGCACAUAUGUACAUAUAUAUAUAUACAUACACACAUAUAUGAAAUGUCUGUUUUUAAAAACCUAGGAUUUGAAGGAGGUAGCUUUCAGUCAAUGAUGACUGCAUGUUUCACUUAAUAUGUAUUGCAAAGCAAGAGAAACCAUUUCCAAGAAACCUCUUAAUAUUUCUCCUUUCCUUACCGUUUUUUCUUUUUUCUUAAGAGCUGAAGAAGUUCAGGGUCUUUUUCUACAUCUUUAAUCCUUUAUGCAAACAUCCCACUAAAGCUAUUUGUUUUGUCCUUUGAAAAUAAACUGUAUCUGCAGAGUAUGUCUUCCUAAGAUGUAAUCAGGUGUGGUCAGAGUCAGGCUCUUACCUCUUGUCUUCCCUGAGAAGUCUUUCUCUAGUGGCUUAUAUCUUAGCUCAUAUGACUAAAAUUCAAUUAAAAAUAUUUUCUACACAUUUCCUGGUAUAUUUUGGAUCUCUGUAUUCACAGAAAUCAUAGAAUUUAACAUGGUAAAGACAAUUCACCAUAAUUGCUUAUUAAGUACUUGACAAGUAAUUUAUUCCUUUAAGCAUUUUAGUAAAAUAUACAUUUUUGUGGGCCAGGUAAUUUGAUUAAAGUUUACUGCAUCAUCAUAGAUAUAAGCUCUUUCUAACAAAAACCUAAGACUUCUUAGUAAAAUUGAACACUUAGGUGAUCUUGAUUAUUUUAAAGAAUUUUUGUUGCAUGAAAAAUAGCAGAUUUUAUGUAGUAUAAAGUAUCAUCUGGUCAUUCAUAUUUCACUUUAUUGAAUUUAUUUGUUUAGAACCUUUAACAAAACCAAAAAGGAAACUUAAGUGUAGUUUCUGUGUUGCACCCCAACUAGCACAGAUUUUAGCUGCCUUCAAAAACUUGUACACCAUUCCUGUGUCUUAUGUAGCUCAUUAUACAUUAUAUAAAGUGUGAGCCUUUUGGUGAAAGAGAAGAACUCUAGAGAGGAGUCCCUGCCUAUUUUUUUGAGAAAUGUAGAUAGACUUUAAUUUAAUUUUUAUUAUCUAAUCACAUGAAGUUUCUUCUUGAAAUGCAAAUAGAAUCUGAAAGUAAAGGCUUGACUCUGAUGACAGAAAACAAAUAUAUUAAGUGCCCAUAAUAUGUCUUACUGUGCCAAAUGUUUUGCAUAUGCUGAUGAGGUACUUUAUUUUAUCCUAGCAGCCAUAUGAAAUUGGUGGCAUUCUUACUUUUUCCCCCUCUUUGCAAAGGAUGCAAAUGUGAUUUAGAAAGAGUAAGUGAUUUGCUUCAAUGCCUCCUUUUAGGAGGAGGCCUAGCCCUUGCCCAAACUACUGUAGUGACCUUCUCACAAAGGAAUUAAGAGGUCUAAACAAGAGAUUAUUUUAAAAUUAGCCCAGAACCAAGUCUACUCAGGUUUUCAGCAAAUCUAACUAGAUUUGAAAAUGAAACAUUCUUUACCAAAGAAAAAAAAUCAAAUCCCACAUCAGUUAUAAAAUUGUGCAUAGCUAGAUGCACAAAUGUCACAGGGGCAAACGUAAUAAAGAUUUGUAUUGCUCUUCCCUUUCGCCCUAUGAAAGCAAAAGAUAACCUCUCUAGAGGGAAUUAGCCACAGCGAUCUGUUGCAGAGUUUGGGCGUGAUUGGCCCUCGGGAGCUUCCUGUGUUAUGAUUUAAAGCACGACGGGUGGGGCCUGCCCGCAAAGCCUGCUGGUGAUUGGACGGGCUCGACUGUCACUCACUCCCCUCCGGGAAUGUGGUUUAAGGCUCAACGAAAUUACAGAGGCUCGGAGGCGCUUGCAGAAAUGUGGCUGUCAGAGAGGGAAGUACACAUGAAUUUGAAGACAGCAUUAGAAAGCGUUCCGCCCACAAUUUCUCUCUUCUCAGCGGCUCAGUUUUAACAGGACAAAUUCUAAGUUAAGUCCCAUAUGAAGGCUCAGAAAAGGGGUAAGGAACAACAGCUUGACAUUAUGAACAAGCAGUACAAACAACUUGAAAGCCGUUUGGAUGAGAUACUUUCUAGAAUCGCUAAGGAGACUGAAGAGAUUAAGGACCUUGAACAGCAGCUUACUGAAGGCCAAAUAGCAGCAAAUGAAGCCCUGAAGAAGGACUUAGAAGGUGUCAUCAGUGGGUUGCAGGAAUACCUGGGGGCUGUGAAAAGCCAGGCAACUCAGGCCCAGAAUGAAUGCAGGAAGCUACAGGAUGAGAAAGAGACACUGGUGCAGAGAUUGACCCAAGUCGAGCAUGAAAGGGACCAGCUGGAAAUAGUUGCCAUGGACGCAGAAAAUAUGAGGAAGGAGCUCGCAGAGCUGGAAACUGCCCUCCAGGAGCAGCAUGAGGUGAAUGCGUCCUUGCAGCAGGCUCAAGGAGAUCUCAGUGCCUAUGAAGCUGAACUAGAGGCUCAGCUGAAAAUACGGGAUGCUGAAGCCAGCCGGCUCAAGGAAGAGCUGGAAAAGCUCACAAGGUUUACCCAGUUAGAACAGUCAGCCCUUCAAGCAGAACUUGAAAAGGAAAAGAAAGCCCUCAAGGAUGCCCUCGGAAAAGUCCAGUUCUCAGAAGAAAAGGAACAAGAGAACAGUGAACUCCGCACAAAACUUAAACAACUGCAGGAUGACAAUGACUUAUUAAAACAGCAACUUACAGAUUUCCAGAAUCAUCUUAACUGUGUGGUUGAUGGUUUGAUUCGCCCAGAAGAAGUGGCAGCUCGUGUGGAUGAGCUAAAGAGAAAACUGAAAUUAGGAACUGGUAAAAUGAGAAUCCAUAGUCCUUCAGAUAUCUUAGGGAAAAGUCUUGCUGAUUUACAGAAACAGUUCAGUGAAAUCCUUGCACGCUCCCAGUGGGAAAGAGAGGAAGCACAAGUUAGAGAGAGAAGACUCCAGGAAGAAAUGGCUCUGCAGCAAGAGGAACUGGCACACGGACAAGAGGAGUUCAGGCGGGCCUGUGAGAGAGCCCUUGAAGCAAGGAUUAAUUUUGAUAAGAGGCAACAUGAUGCAAGAAUCCAGCAGUUGGAGAAUGAAAUCCACUAUCUGCAAGAAAAUCUAAAGAGCAUGGAGGAAAUUCAAGGCCUAACAGAUCUCCAACUUCAAGAGGCUGAUGAUGAAAAGGAGAGAAUUCUGGCUCAGCUUCAAGAGUUAGAGAAAAAGAAGAAACUUGAAGAUGCCAAAUCUCAGGAGCAGUUUCUUGGUUUAAAUAAAGAACUGAAGAAACUAAAGAAAGCUGUUGCUGCCUCUGAUAAGCUCGCCGCAGCUGAGCUCACCGUUGCCAAAGACCAGCUGAAGUCUUUGCAUGGAACAGUUAUGAAAAUUAACCAGGAACGAGCAGAGGAGCUGCAGGAGGCGGAGAGGUUCAGCAGAAAGGCAGAGCGUGCGGCCAGGGAUCUGACCCGAGCAGAAGCGGAGAUCGAACUCCUACAGAAUCUUCUCAGGGAGAAAGAGGAGCAGUUUCGAAUUGAAGAAAAAGCAAAUGUAGGUACUGGAGCAGCGAAUGCACAGGUGCUAGAGAUUGAGAAACUGAAUGAGACAAUGGAGAGACAAAGGACAGAGAUUGCAAGGCUGCGGAAUUUACUAAACCUCACUGGGGCUGACAACAAAGGAAGCAUUGAAAAUGUUUUAGAAGAAAUUGCUGAACUCCGCCGUGAAGUUUCUUGUCAGAAUGAUUACAUCAGCAGCAUGGUAGAUCCUUUCAAAAGACGAGGCUAUUGGUAUUUUAUGCCACCACCAUCAUCAAAGGUGUCCAGCCAUAGUUCCCAGGCCACCAAAGACUCUGGAGUUGGCCUGAAGUACACAGCCUCAACUCCUAUUAGAAAACCACGUGCUGGACAGCAAGAUGGGAAGGAAGGCAGUGGGCUUCCACCUGCCUCAGGAUACUGGGUCUAUUCUCCCAUCAGGAGUGGGUUAUAUAAGUCAUUUUCAAAUAGAGAUGCAGACAGUGAAGGAGGUAGCCAGGAAGAGAGUGAGCUGGAUGACCAAGAAGAACCCCCAUUUGUGCCUCCUCCUGGAUACAUGAUGUAUACUGUGCUUCCUGAUGGCUCUCCUGUACCCCAGGGCAUGGCCUUGUAUGCACCACCACCUCCUUUGCCCAAUAACAGUCGGCCUCUCACUCCCGGCACUGUUGUUUUUGGCCCACCUCCUGCUGGGGCCCCCAUUGUGUAUGGGCCUCCGCCAGCCAACUUCUCCAUCCCCCUCAUCCCUGUGGGUGUGCUGCAUUGCAACGUGCCAGAGCAUCAUAACUUAGAGAAUGAAGUUUCCAGAUUAGAAGACAUAAUGCAGCAUUUGAAAUCAAAGCGACACGAAGAACGGUGGGUGAGAGCGUCCAGACGGCAGUCUGAGAAAGAAAUGGAAGAGCUGCAUCAUAAUAUCGAUGCUCUUUUGCAAGAGAAGAAAGACUUAGAGCAUGAAGUAGAAGAAUUACAUAGAACUAUCCAGAAACAUCAGCAGCGAAAGGACUUCAUUGAUGGAAAUGUUGAGAGUCUAAUGACGGAACUAGAAAUAGAGAAAUCACUCAAACACCAAGAAAAUAUUAUAGAUGAAAUCGAGUGCAUUGAGAAGACUCUACUGAAACGUCGCUCCGAGCUCAGGGAAGCCGAUCGCCUCCUCGCGGAGGCCGAGAGCGAGCUUUCGAGCACCAGAGAGAAGACAAAAAAUGCUGUUGAAAAGUUCACUGGUGCCAAGAAAAAUUUGUUGGAAACCGAGUCAGAUGCUGAGGAGUUAGAAAGGAGAGCUCAGGAAACGGCUGUUAACCUUGUCAGAGCUGAUCAGCAGCUAAGAUUGCUCCAGGCUGACGCAAAGGAUUUGGAGCAGCACAAAAUUAAGCAAGAAGAAAUCUUGAAAGAAAUAAACAAAGUUGUAGCAGCAAAAGACUCAGACUUACAGUGCUUAAACAAGAAAAAAGAACAACUGACAGAAGAGCUUCAGAAACUGCAGAAAGACAUCGAGACAGCAGAACACAAUGAGGAUCACCACCUGCAGGUCCUUAAGGAAUCGGAGACCCUCCUUCAGGCUAAGCGAGCUGAAUUGGAAAAGCUGAAAAGCCAGGUGGCGAGUCAACAGCAGGAAAUGACUGUCUUAGACAAGCAGCUGGCACAUAAAAAGGAGGAGCUGCAGCUCCUCCAAGAAAGUCUGAUCCAGGCGAAAGCUGACCUCCAGGAAGCUCUAAGACUGGGAGAAACUGAAGUAACUGAGAAAUGCAGUCAUAUCAGGGAAGUAAAGUCACUUCUGGAAGAACUGAGUUUUCAGAAAGGAGAACUGAAUGUCCAGAUUAGUGAAAAAAAAACACAACUUGCACUUAUAAAGAAGGAAAUUGAAAAAGAGGAAGAAAAUCUUCAGGUGGUUUCAGGGCAAAUGUCUAAACAUAAAGCUGAACUGAAGAAUAUUCUGGACAUACUGCAACUGGAAAACAAUGAGCUACAAGGUUUGAAGCUACAACAUGAUCAGAAGGUGUCUGACUUAGAGAAGAUCCAGGUUGAAGUGCUACAGGAAAAACUGGCAUUGGAGAAUUUGCAGCAGACAGCCCAGCAACAGAAAGCGGAGAUAGAAUGGCAGAAGCAGCUCCUUGAGAGGGACAAACAGGAAAUAGAGCGAAUGACUGUUGAAAUCCGAGCACUACAACCAUGUGUGGAAUGUUUGAGCAAAGAAAAGGAAGAUCUCCAAGACAAGUGUGACAGCUGGGCAAAGAAACUGGCACAAACCAAAAGGGUUUUAGCAGCCACAGAAGAAACUAACAGAAUGGAGCAAUCAAACUUAGAAACGUUGGAACUUCAAGUGAGAAGGCUGCAGCAGGAACUAGAGCGCCUACAUGGAGACAAGCUCUCGGCACAGCAGGGCGUCUCGGCAGCACAGCAGCAGCUGCAAGAAAAACAAGAAGCAGUAAAAUCACUACAAGAGGAACUAACUAAUGUUCAAGACCAUUUGAAUGUAGCCAAACAGGACCUGCUUCACACCUCCAAGCGCCGGGACGCACUGCUGGGUGAGCAGAGCCAGCUGCAGGAAGACAUCAGUGAAUGGAUAAAGAGGUUCGAGAACUGUCAGAAAGAAGAGGAGGCGAAACAGCAGCAACUGCAGCUGCUUCAGAAUGAGAUAGAAGAAAACCAGCUCAAACUAGAGCAGCAGGAAACGAUGCUUCAGAGACUCCAGAAAGAGAGAGAGAGUGAAGAAAACACAUGGGAAGACAGUAAAGUGACACUGAAGGAGCAGCAGCUCCAGCUGGAGAGGGAGUUGGCGCAUCAGCAGAGCAGGCUGGACCAGAUGCGCACAGAGGUGCUGGCGGCCGAAGAGCGGGUCAGGACUCUGCAGGAAGAGGAGAGGUGGGGUGAGAGUCUCGAGAAGACGCUGUCCCAAACAAAACGGCAGCUGUCGGAACGGGAGCAGCAGUUAAUUGAAAAGUCAAGUGAGCUGCGGGCGCUGCAGAAAGAGACGGACUGUAUGAGGGCAGACUUCAGCCUCCUGCGGAACCAGUUCUUGACAGAAAGAAAGCAGGCCGAGAAGCAGGUGGCCAGCCUGAAGGAGGCGCUCAAGACUCAGCGGAGCCAGCUGGAAAAAAGUCUUCUGGAACAAAAACAGGAGAACAGUAGUAUACAAAAGGAAAUGGCGACAAUCGAACUGGUAGCCCAGGACAACCACGAGCGGGCCAGGCGCCUGAUGAAAGAGCUCAACCAGAUGCAGCACGAGUACCUGGAGCUCCAGAAACAGGUGGAAAACCAAAAAGAUCUGGAGAGAAGACAAAUGGAAAUCAGUGACGCCAUGAGGACCCUGAAGUCUGAGGUGAAAGAUGAAAUCAGAACCAGCUUGAAGAAUCUCAACCAGUUUCUUCCAGAACUACCAGCAGAUCUGGAAGCAAUUUUGGAAAGAAAUGAACACCUAGGAGAGUUGGAAAGUCUGAAAGAGAAUUUCCCAUUUACCAUGAACGAGAGACCUUUUGAAGACAAACUGAACUUCUCCCAUGUUCACAUAAAGGACACUCACUGGCGUGGAGAAGCGCUGCGAGAGAAGCUGCGUCACCGGGAAGACCGACUCAAGGCCCAACUUCGCCACUGUAUGUCCAAGCAAGCAGAAGUACUGAUGAAAGGCAAGCGGCAGACGGAGGGCACUCUGCACAGUCUGAGGCGGCAAGUGGAUGCGUUAGGGGAGCUGGUCACCAGCACCUCUGCGGAUUCGGCGUCGUCACCCAGUCUGUCUCAGCUUGAGUCUUCCCUCGCAGACGACUCUCAGUUUGGACAAAGUAAGAUCUUCCAGCAAAUCGCACACGGUCCAUCAGAGCCGUCAGGCAGUUACUGACACUGACGCCAUCCCCAGCGUUCUCACAGGAAACAUGACUGAGCCAAGAUGAAAAAUACCGUCACUGGCAUGAAUGUAUCUAAGGAAAUACCUUCUCUGCUACCUCACUCACUCACUCUAGUUGAAUGCCACUUGAUUUUUUUGAGAUUAUGGAACAAAGAUGCCAAAAUGCCACUCUAGUUUUUAUGCUUGUACCAUUCAUUAAUGCCAGCAUUUUUUGUGAAUUACUUGUACAUAUGGGAAUAGUUGUAUACAUUCUAAACUGGGGUCCUACAGUGUUUAAUUAUUAAAUGUUUUUAUAAAACCAAUGUAGAUUUUUAACUGCAUAUUUCAAUCUACAAACUAGUAAAUCUAGUUACAAAGAAAAGAAUGUACUUCAGCCCCUCUUCAUGUAUACAGAGUUAUUUUUGGAUUUUACCUAAGAUUUAUUUUUCAUAUAAAAAUAAAAGAUAUAUUCAACCUGGA